AUGCUUACGAAAACCAAGCGAGUUGCUACUGCAGCAGCAAGAAAGGCAAGUGCCUCUGACACUUCAGCAGCAGGUGAUUCGUCGCUUGUUGCUGAAAACAGUCCACGUGGUGAGUCUCCACAUGCGACAGGUACAUCCGCUGCGUCUGCAGCGGAUACCGCGAACCGUUACAUCGAUAAGUCCGAAAUAGAGCUCAUCUAUUCUGGCGAGUCGGAUGAUGUAUCCGACUCGAAGGCGACACCUCACGCCUCCGGAUCACCCGGAGCGGACACUUCAAGAGCCAGGUUGUCUGGCUCUGGCAUGCGUGAUGGCAUCAUGCUCGAGGUCUUCGGACCGAGCGAAUGUUUCGACGAAUCCUAG